AUGACGUCAAUAGACCCCAUGGAAAUUGAAACUACUGAGAUGUAUGUACCUAUGGAAUUAGAUAUUAAUGAGAUGCUUGUCGCUGAGGAACCAAAAACUGAUCCUAUUCAAGUUGUCCAUCCGUCAAAAGAAAAUAUCUCUACUUCAGCUUUCUAUCCUCAAGUAAGAAAUGAGCUUAAGCCCUUUAAAGGUCAGAAAUUUAUAACAUGGGAAGAGGCACAUGAUUUUUAUAAAAAAUAUGCAUCUGCAGCUGGGUUUAUUGUACGACUUGGUUCUAGUAGAAGGAGCAAAAAAACUACUGAGUUUAUAAGGAGAGAGUUUUAUUGCAAUAGACAAGGACAUGGUCCGAGUGAAUUGGUUGGUGAUGAGAAAAGGAUCCGGGGUGUAGUAAGGGAGGACUGUAAGGCAAGAAUGAUAGUUGUGAGAGUAAACUUUGGUGGAUUUGUAGUUACAAUAUUUGAUGAAGGCCACACUCAUCCUAUGACAAGUCCAAGAAGACUCCACUUAGUAAAGUCUAAUCGUGGGUUUACUAAAGCUCAACGAUCAUUAUGGGAACAACUAUCCAUGGAUUUGUACAACCUUGAAAGGGAUAAGCGUAAAGAGAAAAAAGGGCAAGAUGGAGACAUGUUGCAUGACUAUCUACUACUGGAGCAGGAAAUAAAUUCAGGGUUUUGUUUCACAAUAAAGGCUGAUGCUGAGAAUAAGAUUACUCAUUGUUUUUGGGCUGAUGCAAUUUCAAGACAGUCGUACAAGUUUUAUGGUGAUGUCAUUAUCUUUGACACUACAUACCAAACCAAUCGGUAUAGUUUGAUUUUUGCACCAUUGAUGAGGAUUAAUAAUCAUGGUCAGACAGUUGUAUUUGGAGCUGCAUUCUUAAGUGAUGAGACUACAUAUUCAUUUGUGUGGUUGUUGAAAGAAUUUCUGAAUGCUAUGCCAGGUGGUGCUCCUAAAAUGAUUAUUACAGAUCAAGAUCCAGCCAUGGAGAAAGCUAUUUCAGAAGUCCUCCCAGACACGUUUCAUAGAUAUUGUAGCUGGCAUAUCUUGAGAAAGUUUUCUGAGAAGCUUGAUGCAAUCAAAUGCAGAGAUCACUAUGAGGCCUUUAGAAAGUGCAUAUACUCAUCUGAGAAUGAAGAGGAGUUUGAAUUGAAGUGGAGAUCAGUUCUUGCAGAGAGUGUAUUAAGUGGGCAUAAUUGGCUGCAAUCAAUUUAUGAAAUUCGGUUUAGAUGGGUACCAGCCUAUAUGAACCAUGUUUUCUCAGCUGGUAUGUCAAGCAGUCAACGAGCUGAAAGUGCACACUCGUUCUUUAAGGAUUAUGUUUCUGAUAAAAAUUCUUUGGUGGAGUUCAUGGUUCAGUUCAAUAGGGGUAUGUUACAUAAGCGACAUGAGGAGUUGAUUGUAGAUCAUAUUGACGUCAAUGAGAAGCCUAGAUUUAAGUGUCCCAUUAAGAUGGAAAAACAAAUGUCUGAUAUUUAUACACGGAAGUACUAUUAUAAAUUUCAAGAUCAGUUGUGGGAAAGCUACAACUACAAUCUAGAGGUCAGAUCAGAGGAUGAAAAUAAGUGCACACUUAAGGUUACGCGUGAGGAUCAUGAAGAUGGAAGAGCUCCGGGUCAUCAUGUAUGA